AUGGAAGGUAGUAAUGCUAAUACAAACAAGAAAAAAGUUGAAGCACAAGGAGAGGGAGAGAGCAGCACAAAGAAGCUGAAGGUCACCAUGGGGGUGGAGACCCUUGACUGCCCCAUCUGCUACGAGCCCCUCACGCCUCCCAUAUUCCAGUGCUUAGUGGGGCAUUGUAUAUGCUCGUCUUGCCGUGAGAAGCUGGACAAGAAAUGUGCCGUGUGCUCUAUCAAAACUUCCUUCAAGCGCUGCUUUGCGAUGGAACAUGUCGUCCAAGAAGCCAAAGUUGCUUGCUCCAAUGAAAAGUAUGGCUGUGUCGAGGGGGUCAUCUACUACCAGAAAGAAGAACACAAGAAGGCAUGCCCAAAUGCGCCAUGCUCCUGCACAGAAUCCGGUUGUGGCUUCACUGGACCAACAAAGGUGCUCCUGGACCAUUUCAUCAUCCAGCACAAGUGUCUGUCUACAAUCCUCCCAGACUCCGGUACGGUGUCACUUCGCUUACAGACGGGGUUACAUGUUUUGCGAUGCACCGAGACCAGCUACUUUUUCUUGCUCAACAUGUCAUCAGAGCCUCUUGGAUAUGCCAUCUCAGUAAUCCGCGUCCAACCAAACGUUACGGAACCCAAGUUCAAAUGUAAUAUGGAAUAUGACUGCAUAACGACCGGUUGUCGUGAAAGUAUAAAUUGCCACAUAAGAAGCUCUUCACUCUCUGAUGGGCUACCGAUAGUGUACGACUUGAUAAUUCCCAAGGGCAAGGAAAGGGUUCGACUCCUGAUCUUCAACGAACGCCCUGUAUUAAAACUGCUAGAUGAUGAUGAUGAUGACGACGACGAGAUGAUGAUUCUAGCUCAUCGUCGUUAUCGUCCUCGUCAUCAUCGUCGUCGUCUUCAUCGGCAUCAUCAGCGUCCCAACAAGGAGGAGAAAGAGAAGGAGGAGGAGGACGAGGACGAGGACGGGGACGAGGGCGAGGAUGAUAAGGACGAAAGGGCCUGA